AAACAAAAAAAAAACAAUAAAAUUUCAUCGUAGAUAGAGGGGAAGAGGAAGGUAUCAUAAACAAAGCAUGAAAAGCAUGUCCACUCACAUAUAAAUAUGGCAGACUUGUCAUCCUCAACUGUUGAUAAUACACCACAGGAAUACCAAGUGAACGAUUGUACCUCUGGUGAGAGUGGUAUUGCUCAGAGCCAGUCAGCACAUGUUCUAUCUUUGCUAUUUCAUUGUUUAAUAGGUGAAGAAACAUUAGAGGAUCUCUUGAGUACAUUGAGUCAGCAGAUUAAAUCAUCUGAUUGGUUACAGUUAAAUACAGCAGAGAAGUUUGCUAAAGAAAAUCCUGAAGUUGCCCAGAUAUUUAAAGAUGCAGUAAACAAAUAUGACAGCACAGCUGACAAAGACUAACAAAACGAUCAUGUAUUAAUUGUAUGAUUGUAAUGUUGAUUAAACUUUUGAUGGUUUCUUUCAAUUAUGAAUUCCUUCCACAUUGUUUAAAAUAUUUGCAACUUGUUAUUCAUUACAUGAAGUGGUUUUUAAUUUAUUAUACUAGCAUUAGAAAAAUUGUAUGAUUUCAUAUGUUCUGCCUGUUCAUAUUUCUUUGCCUUUAACAUAUGACCAAUAGGUCAAUCAAUCUUUAUAGGCUAGGAUUAUAAUAUUGAUUUUGAUUAAUUUUGUGCAUGUGUAAACUAAUAUUUAUAGUUGUACACAUAAUCAAAAAAAAGUAACCACAUUGAUUAAAUUCAGUUAAUCAAUAAACAAAAAGACUAAUGCC